GCGUGAGCUCCCUUCAGACUCUUGUCUUCCUCUCCCGCUGAGAAAAGGCACAAUGGCUGACGCUCCAGAGUCCAUCAACCACCACAACGCCCUUGUGGCUGACGAAAAGGGCCGGGACCUGUACGCCGAUGAGAAAGGCCAGGCCGUCUACUCCAACGAUGUCAACAGCUCCCAGGGCAGUGCUCCGGCCGACCUCGACGAGUACCCAGAUCCAGACAUUGGCAAGACCGAUGAAGAGCGUGCCAAACUUGACAAAGCCCUGGUACGGAAGAUGGACAAGUGGCUGAUUCCAUGGCUGUCGCUGCUGUAUCUCCUCUCCUUCCUAGACCGCACCAACAUCGGAAACGCCCGUGCCGCCAACAUCGAAAGGGACCUAAAAAUGGGAGGCCGCGAUUACAACCUGGCCUUGACAAUCUUCUUCAUUUCCUAUGCCGGAUUUGAGCCGCUGACCAACAUUGCCAUCAAGAAGUGGUCUCCUCGUGUUUUCUUCACCGUCAUCAUCCUGACUUGGGGUGCCAUUAUGACUCUCAUGGGUGUUGUCCACAACAAGGCGGGUCUGUUGGCUAGUCGCUUUUUCCUGGGUAUCGCUGAGGCUGGUCUGUUUCCCGGAGUCAACUACUAUCUCUCUUGUUGGUACAAGCGCCAGGAGCUUGGCUUCCGUGCUGCUCUUUUCUUUUCCGCAGCCGCUCUUGCCGGAUCUUUCGGUGGUCUCCUCGCUGCCGCCAUUACCGAAAUGGAUGGCGUCGCUGGUUAUGAAGGCUGGCGAUGGAUUUUCAUCAUCGAGGGUCUCAUGACGGUACUUGUUGGCAUAUUCUGCUGGUGGAUGACGUUCAAUUUCCCCGACACUGCCAGUUUCCUGACCGCGGACGAGAAGCUGCGCGCCAUGCGACGCCUCAAACUGGAUGGACAGUCUCGCGCCAAGGUGGGCGGUAUCGAUCGCCGCCACGUUAUUGCAGCCCUCAAGGAUUGGAAGACCUGGGGAUACUCAGUCAUCUACAUGGGCUGCCUUUGCCCGCUGUACUGCUUCUCCCUCUUCCUCCCAACCAUCCUUCUCGGUAUGGGUCACAAGGGUACCAAGGCUCAGCUCUUGUCCGUACCACCCUACGCCGUUGCCGCUACCUUGACUGUUAUUAUCGGAUAUAUUGCCGACAAGACCAAGCAGCGUGGAAUCUGUAAUCUGGUUGUAUCAGCCAUUGGGUGCGUCGGUUUCGCCAUGCUACUCGGCACAACCAAGCCGAAUGUCCAGUAUGCUGGUACCUUCCUCGGCGCCAUGGGCAUCUAUCCAACCGUCUCCAAUACCUUGACGUGGGCCUCUAACAACGUCGAAGGAUCGCUUAAGCGUGGUGUCAUGGUCGGCGUGGUUGUUGGCUGGGGUAACAUGAACGGUGUUGUGUCGUCCAACAUUUACAACCCCAAGGAGAAGCCGCAUUACCGCACCGGACACGGCAUCGUCUUGGGAUACAUGGCCUUGUUCUUGUUCGGCGGAACUCUCUUCAUGCACCUCGCCCUGAAGCGCGAGAACAAGUUGAGGAAGGAGGGCAAGCGCGACGAGUGGGUACAGGGCAAGACCGAGGAGGAGAUUGCCGAGAUGGGCGACGAGCGACCGGACUUUUACUACACUACCUAGUAGUUAUCAUCGUGUUUAGUUAGAAUUCUGUGUGCAGCCCGUCCUCGUCGAGCAGCUUUUCCGUGCUUUUCUUUGAGAUACCCGCGACAUUGGGGUAAUCUA